UGUUCCCAGUGAUCUGGCUCCAGCUCAGCAAACAGCCUGAGUCAGUUCCAGGAAGGGAAACACCCAGCUGCUGCUGCUGCAGGCGGGGCAUAUUUCUGAGCUCAGGAAAGUGAAACUACCCCUGUUCCACUGCCCGGAGGGAGCCAUGGCUGCAGAGAACCCCUUGGAAAGUCUCCAGGAGGAAGCGACAUGUCCCGUCUGUCUGGAGUAUUUCACAGACCCUGUCACUCUGGAGUGUGGGCACAAUUUCUGCCGAGCCUGCAUCGCCCAGUGCUGGGAGGGACCCGACACAGCCGCCUCCUGCCCUCAGUGCAGAGAAACUGUGCAACAGAGAAACCUCAGGCCCAACAGGCAGCUGGGAAACAUGGUAGAAAUCGCCAAGCGGCUGAGUUUCCAGGCAGCGAAGGGAGCAGGAGGGGGCGGGGUGUGUGGGAAACACCAGGAGACUCUGAAACUGUUCUGUGAAGAGGAUCAAACUUCUGUCUGUGUGGUUUGCCAUCUGUCCCGGGCUCACAGAGCUCACAGGGUGGUUCCCAUAGAGGAGGCUGCCCAGGAGUACAAGGUGAAACUCCAGGGAGCCCUGGGCCCUCUGAGGAAGGAGCUGGAAGAGUCCUUGGCUCUGACGUCUAAAGAGGAGGAGAAAACCACAGAGUGGCAGGGGAAAGUGAAGAAUAAGAGAGAGAUGAUUGCAGGUGAAUUUAACAAACUGCACACACUGCUGAGAGAGGAGGAGCAGCUGCUUCUGCAGAGCCUGGAGGAGGAGGAGAGGGAGACUCUGCACAGACUAAGGGAAAAUGUAACUAAGCUCUCCCAGCAAAGCUCCUCUCUGCAGCAGCUGAUCACAGAGAUAGAAGAGAAGUGUCAGCAACCGGUUGCGGAGCUGCUGAAGGAUGUGAAAAGCACAUUGAGCAGGAGUGAGAAUGUGAAACUCCAGGAACCAGAAGCUGUUUCUACUGACCUGAAGAAUGUGUAUAAAAUUUCCCUUGACAUGAGGGAAGGGCUGAAGAGAUUCGGAGUGGACGUGACUCUGGAUCCAGACACGGCAAAUCCCCACCUCGUCCUGUCUGAGGAUCGGAAACGUGUGAGACAUGGAGACACACGCCAGGAUCUGCCCGACAAGCCUGAGAGAUUUGAUACAGGCCCCAAUGUCCUGGGCGCUGAGGGGUUCGCGGGCGGGCGGCGUUACUGGGAGGUGGGGGUGGGAGACAAGACAGCCUGGGACCUGGGGAUUUGUAGGGAAUCUCUGAGCAGGAAGGGGAAGGUCACACUCACACCUGAGGAUGGAUACUGGGCCGUGUGGCUGAGGGAUGGAAAAUAUAAGGCCCUCACCUCCCUCUCGACCCCCCUCCCCGUGAGCGUCCGGCCCAGCCGGGUGGGGAUUUUCCUGGACUAUGAGGCGGGCGAGGUCUCGUUUUACAAUGUGACUGACGGGUCCCAUCUCUUCACGUUCACUGACACCUUCUCUGGGACGCUCCGCCCUUUCUUCUCUCCCUGUGUCAACGCUGAGGGUAAAAACGCGGCUCCCCUGAUCAUCUGCCCGGUCCCAGCUGAGGCCGGAGGGAAUCUCGGUCCCUGACAGUGACCCCGCAGCACAGACUGACCCCCCCAGUGCUGCUGCUCCUCCCGCCCCCAGUGCUGCAGACCAGUUACUGCCAGCAAAUGGACUUUUUGUGCUGACCAGACGCUGCCAGUUUCCCUUUUCAACUGGAGGUUCCAGUCGAAAACCGGACACCUGGCAACCCCCAGCCCUCACCUUGCCCCGUCCCCUGCCCCGGGGGCAGCAGAUGGUGGGGGAUGGGGUCAUUCACUCCUGUCAGAAUUCUCUACCCCUGUGAAAUCUCAAUGUAAAAUAGGAAAGAAAAAAGAUUAUUCUAAUUUAGGAAAACAUUAUUGUAACAAGGUGUAAAUACAAGAAUAUUUUAAUUUAAAUUUAAAUUUCACAGUAUUUCAAAAACAGGCAUCUAAACAUAUUUUUAGAAAUGGAAUUAUUUACAUUUAUUUUUUGAUUCUUCCCUCAAAUCUAUAUUGAAUUUUAACUUCUGUAAAUAACGUCAUUUGUAUUUCAACUGUGGAAUUUCAAGAAAUCCAAAAUUUUUAUCUUAACAAAAUAAACUAUUAAAUUGUCAGACUGGGUUGUUCGGUUACAAUGUACUUUCUAGCUACAUAUAAUCGGUAAUCAAGAUAUGACUCUUCCUUUCUUUUUUUCUCACAUCAGUUUUCAAAACACUGUCCGCGACCUCAAAUGCUAUCUUCCUAUAGAUAGAAAUCUCUUCUACAAUCUCCAUUUUUUUGUUUAUUUUUCUUUUGAAAUAUUAUUUGCAGGCAAUGUACUGUCAGUGUCCACUGUUGAUUUCAAUAUACCAUCGGGCUCUUCAUGUUCUUGGUUAUAAGGACACAACAAAUGUAAUCUG